AUGGAAAGUAAAGCUAUUAUCUCACUGUACUUAAUUAUUUCCCUUUGUGUUGUCACUUUUGUCACUCAAGGAGUAGCUCAAACGCAAACGCCACCGACCAUUCCAGGGCUUUUUCCACCUGGCUUAGUACCUGUUGAUCUCGUAAAAUGUUGGUCGUCUCUCUUCACUGUUGAAGGAUGCGUGCUCGAAAUCUCAAAGUCCAUUUUCUCUGGAAAAUUUGAAAAUGUUGAAGCCGCAUGUUGCAAGGUGUUUUCAUCAUUAGAUGCAAACUGUUGGUCUCAAAUGUUUCCUUUGAAUCCUUUCUUCCCUCCUCUCCUCAAGGACAACUGCGCCCGCAUCGUUCCAAACUCCAAUACGCACAAAUGA